CCCAUUUUUUCGGGGACCCACCCCUUUCAGACAGAGCUGGGGAGUUGGUGAAAGAAAUGUCCAGGGUCAUAAUUGCGUGAGCCGCCCGCGGGUCUCCUCCUCUGGUGAGAAGCUGCCGACUCUCCUCGUGGGCCGCGAUGGCGGAGCAGUCGGACGAGAAGGUGAAGUACUACACGCUGGAGGAGAUCCAGAAGCACAACCACAGCAAGAGCACCUGGCUCAUCUUGCACUACAAAGUCUACGAUCUGACCAAGUUCCUGGAGGAGCAUCCUGGUGGUGAAGAAGUUCUAAGGGAGCAAGCUGGAGGUGAUGCAACUGAAAACUUUGAGGAUGUUGGGCAUUCCACAGAUGCUCGAGAAUUAUCCAAGACAUAUAUCAUUGGGGAACUUCAUCCAGAUGACAGAUGCAAAAUAAAGAAGCCUUCAGAUACUCUUAUUACUACCCUUGAUAAUAAGAACAGUUGGUGGACCAAUUGGGUGAUCCCAGCAGUCUCUGCCCUUCUUGUGGCCUUGAUGUAUCGAUUCUACAUGUCAGAGUACUAGUCCCAUUUUUUUAAAAGCCAAUAAAAGAAGAUACUGACUUAAACCAGGAUAUAAAGAAGCCAGUUGUCACUGUCCAAUUUGCCUGACAGAAAUCAACUUUAUUUGCAAAGAAUACUUUAAAGUGUCCAUUUCCCAUCCCUCUACCUCCUGACAUCCAAAAAGUGAACUGUCUUUCUGUAUACUUUUCUAUAGCGUGUGCCUUUUCAUUCAAAUUGUUUUUAAAGUUAAGUUUCUCUUUUUAAUGCUCUAUCACUAUUUUAUUCUUUAUAUAACAAAAACAGCUGCUAUAAUUAUUGUAUAACCUUUACAAUUUUCUGCAUCUAUUUGUGUAUUUGUACAAAUCAAUCUUUGAUGCUCAGAAGCUUUUAAAAUUAGCCCUUCAGCAAACUACUUAUUUCGACCUAAGCAAUCAAUAUUGAUGCUUAGCUUUAAGGAGGUUUUUGGCUUCUGUCUAUUAUGACAUUAUCUCUAAUAGAGUUACCCAUUGUGGUACUUUUUUCCAAUCAGUUUCCUUCUCAGGAAGUCAAGAGCCCAAUGAUCAUAAUUUAAAUGCUUCUAAUAAUUGUUCUGGUAUAGAUAAUGGUAUGAAGGGGGAUUGUCCAGAAGAAACUAACAUUAAUCAAGGAGUAGAUCACAUCUACCCGUAAAACAAAGCCUGUUCCUCCUUACCCAGUCCCCAGUCUAGAAUUAACCUUUUGGUUCCUAGAGGCAAAAAGUGUAGAAGAGAGAAUCUUCUUUUGGGGAUUACAGUUUGGAGAACAAAAACUUUGUUGGCACUCCUUUUGGGAGGGCUACUAUUGGUCAAAUUUUAUUAAGAAAGAUUGAAAGGCAUUCUUUGUGAUGUUUGGAUACUUUUUUGUUUUGUUUUGUUUCAAGGAACUCAAUGCCAACUGAAUAACAAAUUAUGUUCAUGCACAUGGGUUCAUUUUUUUCCCCCAUUGGGAGCUCUUGAUUUCUGUUAUGUCUGUAGUUUUUAUUCUCUAGCCUUCACCUUUUGGAAAGGUUAGUUGUUUUUGACAUGUUGGGGAAGUGAAUCUGUUUAAAAUGUAAGCUGUCAUAAUGAACUGUGAUCAUGCAUAUUCCCCUUGAUAUAUUAAUCAACCAGCAUGUACAUGAAAAACCACUAAAACACAUUAAAAAGACUGAUUUUUUUUCUUCAAAAAAUUC